AUGCAGGCUAUUCGUGCAUUGCUAGAUCUCUCAUCAUCAACCUCCCACCACCAACAAUUAAAUAAUAAUUUAUUAAUACACCAAUCACCUCCACCAACACUAAUUCCUUUUCAAAAUAACCAAGAAAUUUUGGUUAAUCCCACAAAUUUAAUUCAAAAUCAACCAUUAUCACUUCACCAACAACUUAUUCAACAAUUGUUAGCAGCCCCGGUUCCAAUAGAGCAAAGUCUACCUCUAGUCCAACAAUUGCUUCAACAAUUCGGACCGUUGGAGGAACAAAAAUUAAGUGAAGCAAUAGCUGCAAUACUUGUUGGACCUUCAUCUACUACUACAUCCUCUCAAUAUUGCAAUAGCUAA